AUGGGAUUUUGCUUUUUAUUUAAUUCAAAUGUUUGUUUCGGAUGGGACUACAAAAUAAUUAUAGUGUAUGCUUGUAUAACACAAUUUGCCUUUAUGAUUUCGAAAUUACUCUCUAGUAAAGGGAUCAAUUCAUAUUGUUGUUUUGCCAUAAUGGAAAGCACAUUAUUAAUUACUUAUUUACUGGGAAUAGUAUAUAACAAAGAAGUUUCUCCAAUUAAUAUCAACUUCAUUAGUUACACUCUUCUGAUACUGCAAUUUCUCAUACUAGCAAUAACAGUUCUAAUAAGUAGAUAGAACAUUGAUGGUGAAGGGCACGAUUAAUCUAAGCAAAUCUAAGAAAUAUUAGUCUCAGCAAUUAAGAGUAUAGGCUCUUUAUAAAUUGUUUUUGUAAGUUUGAAAUGGAGUAAUUAAAUUAAUUGGGGUUGGAUGCAGACCUUAGUUAUCAUAUGGUUCAGCAUAGGUACUUUGAUAUUGAUUGAAAUAUGUCUAUUUAUUGAUUUUGUAAUGAAGUGUUGCAAUGCUUAAUUAGAAAAUAAAAAUUUAUGGUAGUAUGUGGGUUAACAUAGUAUUCAUUGGUUUUAUCUCGACUUCUUUACUAACAUUUUUGGGUUUAGGAUUAUUGCUCGAUUAUUAGAUUUCUUAAAUCAAUUUUGGGGGAGUAAUAUCAACAAUAAUAUAUUACAUGCUCGAAACAUGCUUCUAUAUAAAGAAUAAGGAAGACUUAAUGUAAGGUUAUUCAUUAAACCUAGUUCAUUUCUAAAUAUUUCAGAAAAUUAAACUUUGUCUUAGAGUUAAGAAAUAAAUAAUGAUUAAACAAGUUUUAAGGAGAGAAUAAAACAAAUACAUAGAUUAAGUAUUACUCAAAUUCCUUAAUUUAUGAUAAAAUUAUCUGCCACUUAUUAUAAGAAAAAGGAGUUAAUUGAUUCUAAAAAGCAAUAGAUUGGUUCAGUAUUGUCUUAAGAUAAGAAAUAUAGGUCCAUCAGUUUUUCAGAGAUCAAGAAAAACGACGUUAUUAAAAAGCAAGCAUCUUAGGAUUUUGAUGAAGAACUUACAAAAAGGUUUGAUCAUUUAUUGUCCUCUCCUCGAUUAAAAUUGGAAGUCAGUGAAAGUAUUGGUGCUGAAUUGUCUAGCAGAGGACAACCAAAAUAGAUAUAGCUCUGUUUAAUUUGCUAUGAAAAAGAGAGCAAUAUGAUCAAUUAACCUUGUGGUCAUGGAGGAUUUUGUUAGGAAUGUUCAUAAUAAAUGUUGUCCAAGAGCAAUAUGUGUUUGUUGUGUAGGAAACCUGUAACUCACACAUUAAUAGUUUAAGGAGUUGAGAAUCGGGAAAGCUUAGUUGAGGUUGUGGGUAUUUUGUAGGGUGAAAAGAAGUAGUGA